CCCGGAUAUUAUGUAAUUGCCAUUCCCUCUCACCCAUGCGUCGAGCAUUCUCCACUGUGAAGCGCCUCGUCGCUCAUUCUGCACCAUAUCCAUCUCGCACACACACCUGUGGCGAGCUCUCUGCUGACCAUGCGGGCGAUCGUGUCGUCCUCGCGGGCUGGUUGCUCCCGGAACGCAAAGUCUCCAAAGCAAUGUCCUUCUUUCCUAUCAAGGACUCACAUGGAGUCACCCAGCUCGUCGUGCGUCGCAAACGCGACUCAUGUGCUGGUGACCAUUUAGCCGCGCUGUCAGACAUCCCCGUCGAAUCAACCGUUUUGAUCGAGGGUGAAGUACGCGUGAGACCUCAAAGUUCGCGACGAGAUGAUGGUACCGGGGACGUCGAGGUCGAGGUGUCCAAUUUCGUCCUCUUGAAUCCAGCGGAUCGUAAUCUGCCCUUCGUCCCGUCGGAUGAGCACUGCUUGGUAAACGAAGAGUUGAGGGCCCAAUUCCGCCAUCUUGAUCUACGCAGGGCCACCCUGACCAACAACAUCAAGAAGAGAAGUAUAGUCUCUCGCAUAAUCCGUGACACCCUGCAUCACGAGGACUUCCUGGAAGUCGAGACUCCACUGCUGCUCAAAUCGUCCCCCGAAGGGGCUAGAGAAUUUCUUGUCCCUAGUAGGGUCGGCCGAUCCACCAGUGAAGCACACACGCACCCUCUAUUCUAUUCCCUUCCCCAAUCACCACAGCAACCAAAGCAAUUACUCAUUUGCUCUGGAGCCAUUGACAAGUAUUUCCAGAUUGCCAAAUGCUUCAGAGACGAGGACAGUCGCAAGGAUCGCCAACCCGAGUUCACUCAAAUCGAUCUCGAAAUGGCAUACGUCUCUUGGGGACCACCCCGGCAUAAAACCGAGUCCCAAAUAGACAACUGGCAGAUCGGUGGUCACGAGGUACGCACGGUAGUAGAGUCUCUCAUCCGUAACGUAUGGCAACAAGUCGAGGGUGUGACCCUGCCAAGCUCGUUCGACGUUAUGACUUACGCGGAAGCCAUGUCAUCCUAUGGAUCAGACAAACCUGACACUCGAUUCCCGUUGAAGAUCGUCAAUGUCUCUUCAUUACUUCCGGAUCAGUACCGCGGACGGCUGGAAGGCCUAGGAGUCACAUUGGAAGCCCUGGUAAUCCGCCGACUUGACUGCCAGGCAUUCCUCAGAGCGAACGAAAGCAAAUUAAAUGAGCUUGGCGUAGAUCGCAUUACUAUCACCACGGAGAAUGAAGUCAACUGGCUAGACAAUUCCAGAGUCGUAUCAUUCGAAAUACCAUUGGCGGCCGAGAAGUACGCAGCAAUCAACCAGGCACUAGGAGUGCGGCCAGGUGACUGUAUCCGGAUAUCACAGCGCCGUUCGAGAAUAGAGGGUGGCUCUACGGCGCUGGGUCGUAUUCGAAUCCAACUUGCCGAGAUCGCGGAGAAGCUAGGGGAUUAUAUCCCUCCCGCUACUCCACACUUCUUAUGGGUUACCGAAUUUCCCUUGUUUACCAGAGCGGACCCCGAUAAAAAUUUCCUAGCACAUGGAAGGUGGAGCAGCACGCAUCAUCCUUUUACAGCCCCCAUGUGGCAAGACAUUGAAGCUAUGUACGCUGGGCGCAUAAGCCAGGUUCGUGGACAACAUUAUGACCUGGUACUAAAUGGCGUCGAAAUUGGAGGAGGAUCUGUCAGAGUUCAUGAUGCUGCCAUGCAAGAUUACAUCUUCACCCAGGUGCUGCAGUUGACAGAUUCAGAGAAGGCCACUUUCGAGCACCUCUUACAUGCCCUCAGAUGUGGUGCGCCGCCCCAUGGUGGAAUUGCGAUAGGAUUUGAUCGGUUGAUGUCGAUUCUCUGCAAGACCCCAUCUAUUCGAGACGUUAUCGCAUUCCCCAAAACCGGUGCAGGCACGGACCCGCUUUUCAAAAGCCCGGCAGUUGUCGUGUCUGAUAUUCUUCGUCAAUAUGGUAUCCAACCUGUCCGUAGGACGUAGUGUAUUCAGUCGCACGAUCCUGAGUGAUAAUAGAUUGGGUAAAUGUUACUUUA